AAAUCUGUGAACCGCUUUCGGUUUUGGUUAUAUAUAAUAAGGCUCAACCCCUAGAAAAGAUAGCUUUGUAGAGAGGACGUUCGUUGAAAUGGGGAAUUGUUCUCUGAAAGGUGUUGCUGAUGCUUCUGCCGCUAAAGGUGGCGGUUCUUCUUCCAUAAGGGUGAUGACGGAUUCCGGCCGUGUGAUGCAGUUUGAGGCCCCGAAGCUCGCUGGAGAAGUCACUGGCGACUUCCCCGGGUAUGGGCUUUUCGGGAAGGGGCGGCUGUCGUCGCCGUUGCAGGGCCAUGAGCAGCUCCAUGGUGGCCAGUUUUACUAUCUACUUCCUGUUGGGAAGAGUGGGAUGUCGGCUCAAAGUGGCCUGGAAUCUGACAAGGAGGUGGCGGAGCCGGUGAGGAUGUCAACAAGCGCGGCGGUGGAGGUGCUGCUGCCACCGCAGAGGGGCGUUUGGAGGGUGAAGCUGGUGAUUGCCACCAAACAGUUGGAGGAGAUACUGGCUGAGGAGGUGAACACAGAGGCCUUGAUUGAGCAGAUGAGGCUGGCAGCAAGUUCUGCCAGCGUUACGCCUAGAAAGUCCAGGGUAAGUUGGGGAGUCAAUUGGAAGCCUAUGCUUGUGAAUAUGUUCAAAGGGCCUGUUGAUCACCAAGGCAAAGUCCGGUCACCGGAUUCCUGUCCCGACCAGGGGAAGGAUGAGGGUGAGCUCGUCCUGGCAUCUUGAGAUACAGUAAUGCAGUAUUUGUGAUACAUUUCCCUUUGUAUCAAUGUUAGCUAGGCUCCUGAGCUUUUCCUGGGUUCCUAUUUGGAAUCCAUAAAGUUAUUCUCAUCUUUUUCUAAACUAUCAAUGACAAUCCACGGGUCAUUACUCUU